UCAAAAUGACAUUAUUGACAGGAAAGUCAUUAAGAAACCGAUCGAUUGUUGAUGUUUUUUUCUGAUUUAUUUUGUGAUUUUUGUGAUAAUGUACUAAACGUAUACAAUGCACCAGUAUUAUUAGAUAAAGGCCCUGAAAUAUAACCAGUUACGUAUGGGAGGUGAGACACGGAACCAACUUUGUUUGAACUUAGCUGUUUUAAUCCCAAUAUCACUAUGGACUACGACUAUCUUAUUAAACUUCUCUGUGUGGGAGAUUCUGGAGUAGGGAAGACGAGCUUCUUAUAUAAAUACACCGAUGGGGUCUUCCACACGCAGUUUAUUUCCACCGUGGGCAUAGAUUUUAGGGAGAAAAGUGUGAUUUACCAACAGAAUGGGAGGCAGCAUCGCAUUCAUUUACAACUAUGGGAUACAGCUGGGCAAGAGAGAUUCCGCAGCCUGACUACAGCUUUCUACAGAGAUGCCAUGGGAUUCCUUCUCCUGUUUGAUCUGACCAAUGAGGCAUCUUUUCUUGAAGUCAGGAACUGGAUUGAGCAGCUGAAGACUCACAGUCUCUCUGAUGACCCAGAUAUAGUGCUCUGUGGUCAUAAAUGUGAUUUACAAGAAAAAAGGCUGGUCAACCAGAAUCGUGCCCGGGAAUUUGCCAAGAACUACAACUUGCCAUACUUAGAGACUAGUGCCAAAUCCGGACAAAAUAUCGACCGAGCUAUCGAGAUUUUACUUGACCGCAUCAUGAACAGAAUGGAGUCUUCAGUGGAGUAUGCGAUGCUCUGUGCGUCAGGCCGCCGUCGUCAGUCUCUCCAGAAACUGCAAGCCAACAAGGACAAGAAGUUUUGUUCAUGCUAAGUUUUAUAGUCUGUGAUUUUAUACUAUCUUAUACACUAUCUUACCUUGGAACUAAAAAUAUUUGACUAUACACUUUAUGAACAUCUAUUAUAUAAAAAUAAGUCGGGUUUUCCUUCCUGACGCUAUAAUUCCAGAACGCACGAACCGAUUUCCACGGUUUUGCAUUCGUUGGAAAUGUCUCGGACGGUUUAUAGCAAAGAAAAAUCAGGAAAAAUUUAAGAGAAAAGCAGGAAAACAGGGAAAAUCAUUGGUGGCGAAACGGAGUUCGCCGGGUUUGCUAGUAUUUUAUAAACUUCAAAAACAUUUUAUAUUUAUAAUCUUGGAACCAAAAAAUUGUUUAUUCCAAAGGGUCUACGGUUAAUGAGACUGAUUUUUGUUUUCUAGUUCAUGGAACUAAUUUGUUUUACAUUCCAUCCUUCUUACUGUACUUUUGAAAAGUGAUUUUUGACAUUUAUGUCUAUAAUAGUUUUAUUUUUUGUGUAUUUCUUUUUUACAAUGUUAAUGAUCUGAAUUUCGUACAAUAUUUACAGGUUUACAUUUAUUCUCGAAUUUUUGAAAGUCAGGUUUGUCGUUAUUUUAGGGAUGGCCAUAACUCGAGCCGAAUACUAGCAUUUAAUUACUAUUCGGCGAAAUAUUCUAACAAAAUAAAUAUCAGGCAAACUAUUACUUUUAUUACUUUUAUCUUUUUAAUAUUUAAGAUACAAUAUCUUAGCCAAUCUGAAAAGAUUUAUCUAUGAUAGUUAUUUUAUAUCCUGAGAAAUUUUAAUGUAGAAUAUUUAUCGAUUGUUGCUUUCUUUAUCGUAAGUGCAGGGUAAGCCUAGUCACGCGAAGUUUUGAAGUCGUAGAGUUAUUUUAUUAUUAACUAAUACACAAUGGACCUAUGCACUUGACUUAAUAGCUUGAACAAUUAAAUAAAUACACAGUAUUAAUUUGAAACUCGCGUAUCUUCAGAUACGCUGAAUUCUGAUGUAAUGUGUGACGUUGUUUUACACUGAUUGCUUAUUGUAUGUAACCAGUGCUAUUGCAUACAUACACCUCAUUUUUAUAUAUUUCUAAGGCCUCGUUUCUCUAUGUUAAAUGUUCAAUGAAGUACCUAUUUGUUUCAUUCAAACGUUAGGUAUAGUGACUGAUAUCAUUCAAAUAUUCGGCUUUCAUACUUAACAUCACUAUUAGGUUCGGCGAAAACUCGGCCUGCAAGCAAACUUCAACCUUGUGUAUAGGUCCAUUGUGUAUUAGAAUCGUAUUGUUGUAAGCUUGUUUCUGUUGUUGAAUGUUUUGCACAAGUGUGAUAUUUUAGUAGCACAAAUUAAUAACUUAUUAAAUAAAGUGUAUCCAGUGAGUUUUGUCUGCUUAAGUCUGCUGUUUUUGGGAAAAAUCUUAUGAUAUUUGAUAUUGAGGAGUUAACCCUAGUCUAUGGAAAUGAUACUAAUCUGAAUGAAUUGUUAUACACUUUUUAUAUUUGAAUAAUAUUUAGAUUGUAAGUCGACAUUAGCGUCGGGAUGUGUUUAUGCUAGACGAGAUGUCAUAAAAUGUGAACAUUUAAUAAAGCUGUAACUUCAAUUUAGUCCGUGAAUCGCUAAUAAAUGCAAAAAUAAAACAAGCAGACCUAUAAGGCAAGCGUCUACAAGCCCGCAUCGUACGCAACACAAGUCGUAUGACGUCAUCAGUACGCAUCGCAUGUAGGCAUUGCUGAUGAUGCAGUGCAUACGAUGCGGAUCAGUGGACGCAGUUAUAUGAGUUUCUAUUCAAGACAAACUAAAAUCCGUUACGUGCGAUGCGUACGAUGCGGGCCUGUGGGCGCGCACCUAUAGACAGUUUGACAUCUUCCCUGUUAUCAAAUACCCGCAUCACUUUUAUUCUAGAUUCUCCUCGUUUAGUCUAAACACAUCUCAUGUCGUGAAAGAAGUAUACUUGAUCACGAAUGCGUUAUCUACAUACAUUAUAUUAAUAUCUAGGUACUGUUUAAGAAAGUAGCAAACUUAAUGAGUCUGUAUACCCCUAGAAAUAUUCCUAAUAAAUCCGUUCCUCGUAUAAUUGAUAACAAUAUACCAACCCUAGUAGAUAAAUCUCGUUGUCAAAUUAAAUAUUAUACCUGUACAUAACUAAUGUGACAUUUUAAGGACGAACCACAGUUCAGUACACUUAGUAUGAGUUUGCUUUACGUUGAACGAAAACGAAAUGAGAGCGCGUUCGGCGCUCUGAUUGGCCGACGUGAAUGAACUAACCAAUCAGAGAGCCAAACGCGCUCUCGUUUCGUUUUCUUUCAAUGUAAUGCAAACUCAUACUAAUGGUACAGAAAGUAUACGUCAAAUAAGCCGAAUAUUCGGCUUACCAAAUAUAAGGAUAUUUACUACAUUUUUAAAUAAAGGCUUUAUUUAAUUAAAAAUCUUGCCAUAAUUAUUAAGUUUAUGCUAAUCAAUUCUAGUCAUAUUUAAUCAAUUUUAUAAUAAUAUGAACGCGCAAACUGAGAAAGGGCGCAAAAAUUCAAACGAAACUUUCGUCGUUAUUGUGAUCGGCUUAAAAACCUAUAUUUAUUAUUAAAUAAUAUUUUGUAUCGUAUUAAUUAAAAUAUUAAGAUUUACCCUUGACCAAAUUACGAUUUAUAUACAUACUUAUUAUGAAGUGUCAAUUUUGUGUACAAUUAUUGUCUAUUUGAUGUUUUCUGUGUCAUUCAAUUACAUAAUAUGAUUAUUGAA